AAAUAAGAAGUGCUGACCAAAUAGCCGUAGCACUGUUGUUCCUCUCGGUAACGUCUGUGGGGCUUUGGACCAAAACAUUCAUCAAUCGAUAACAUACUGGACUCUGACCAAGUGAUAUCUCCAGACUGGGACUUGGAUGGAGGCUUCAAAGUAAGACCUGCUUCACAAGUCAUCACAUCAACGACUAAUCUAUCAAAGUGAGUCGCUGACAUCCAUAAUUCUAUGACUGACUGUAUGCAUUUUCACAGCCUGAGGUUGCAGCAAACAUGUCUGAAUCAGCAACCAAGUCCGAUCUUCUGCCCACCAACUUCGUCGGGACCACUAUGGCUGGUGUGCAGAAUGAAGAUGGAAAAUUCCGCAUCUACUUCCAGAACAAAGAAUACCAGAUCUGCGAGAUGUCGUUGGACGACCCAAACAGUACGACCCAUACCAUCCUCAAACUCACCACUAGCGCUAUGCCCGCUGCCCGUAUCAACACGCCAAUCGCAGCGGGCGCGUGGGACAACUUGCGAGAGAUCCGCGUGUAUUAUAUCACUGCGGAUAGUCAAGUCCAGGAGAUUUGCUACACCCACGGCGUUGGGUGGCAGAAAGGCGCUCAUUUGGGCGUAGCAGUUGACAACAGCACCUGCUUGUAUGCGCAGCACCAAAACAAGGAGCCGUACAUGAGGGUCGGGUUCCAGUCUUCUACUGCUCCCCAGACUAUUACAGAAACUUGCUACUAUGAUCAGGGCGGAUGGGAGACCCGUGUAUUCUAAUUUUGGAGAGGACGUCAGCGCACAUGCCAAGGAAACAGUCCCAGUCUCCCAGAUGUAUCGUGACCUCUGCGAUCAAGUUGAUAAGUACCGUUUGCGAUGUAUUAUCAUAUGAAAUGACAGCACUCCCACUCGCUUCAAGUUCGAAUCACUCAACCU